AUGAUCGAAUCACUUCCGUCAAAAACAGUUGAAUUCCCAAUUCCACUGAAGAAAAACCAACAAGCCAAUCUCCUAUGGGCCGUUAUUGCACUCACAGAAAUCGCCAAAACAGACCAGACUCGAUACGUGGAUUUCUGGCACUUCCUUUCAAAAAAGCAGAAGCAUCAACUAAACGAAGCUGCCUUUCGUGAAACCCAAAGAAUCCUCCAAUGCACCUCCCUUUGGUUCCAGUCGUCAUACUUUCGUUUCAGGUACCAGCGGAAUCCCAUUCCUCGAAGUGUCUAUAGAGGCUACUUCAGUAUCGAGAUGAAACCCAGGAUCGGAAUCAACGUGUUGCUCAAGGAGAUGGAUUUGGUGAAGAUGGAGGAAUCCACGAAAAACACGCUCUUCAAAGUCAAGAUGCUGAACUUUGGCAGCGACCUGAUCACACUCAAACCCACCAAGCAGUGCUAUGUCGAAGCUUACCGAGAGAUUCUUCCCCUUUUCGACAAUACGUUGCAUUGCACAAGCAAGGGCAACAUCGCCAUCAACGUCAUCAAGGAGCCCGUGCCUGUGCUUCUCUUCUUGCGUACCCCUUUGGAUCCCAAAUCGACCAUCAAACUGCUUCUCACGAUCCACGACGAGUUUGAGUACGAGACGAGAAAACCACAGGAGUAUUUUGUGCUUGUGCUUUUCAGAUCCAACAAAAGACCCAAACCGUAUUGCACUAAACGGUCGACGCUCUGCUACUUGACACCGCCUUUGCAGGACCAUAGAGAGCCCAAUGUGUAUUAUCCCGAAAAGAAGCCCAAGCCGGUGGUGCAAAAGGCAGAGGACAAGAAGGAAACCGAGGAGAAUGUAAAUGAUGAUUUAGCCGAGAAGGAGGCAGCACCUCCUGAAAGCGCUGGAGAGGAUAAGUUCUACGAGGCCGAGGAUUCCACUGAAGAGCCAGAAAGAGCAGUUGUGGAGCAAAGGCGGGAAGAUUUAGUUCAGACUGCACCACCACCGCCUCCCGUAGCUGCUGAACCCAGCUUCCUUCGAAGUGCACUUGACUUGUUUCGACGCAAUCUUCCAUCGCAAGCUCCUCCGAGUUUGAUUGCAAACGGCAUCCCCGAUAGGAUUCCACCAAUGCCAACGAGAACCCUCAAAAGGUACAAGAAGCAGCUCCUCAAGGUGAAGCAAAAAGGGUCAAAGUGA